AUGGAAACCACAAACCCAUUGCCAUACCACAGCCAUCCUCACAUCACCACAUCCUCACAUCACCACAUCCUCACAUCACCACAUCACCAUUUUACAAAGACCGGUGCCUUCCCGAGUCCUCACCACAAAUGCGCCAUCACCACCACCAUUUUCAACCACCUUCCCCUCCCCGUUUCAUCACGCCCGCCUGGCCACAGUCAUAACAGAGACCACCUGUUAAUACCGGACUUGCUUAUCGUGAGCGCAGACGGGGCCCUCGACUCCUCCUCGGGUGAAACGCGGCGGAUUUACGCACGAGGGCCCUCCAGAGCGCACCCGUCGGGGGGAAAGACCACUCCGGGGGCACGUCGCGCUCUGUACGUACACGUGGCGGAGCACCCUCGGCCGCCGGGUCCCCCGAAGGCACCUGGCGCUGAUGCCGUUGGAAGAAGCGGUGGCGGAGGCGGUGGCGGAGGCGGUGGCGGAGGCGGUGGCGGAGGCGGUGGCGGUGGCGUGGCGGCGCCGGUAAAAGUAGCGGUGACGGAAGUAGAUGGCUACAUCAUUUCAUCUUGUUUCAUGAAACUCUGA